AUGCCGACCAGCUCCUUCUCCUCUCGCACCCAGAAUCUGCACCGAAACAUUCAACUACGCAACCUCAUCACAUCUCAAGCAACGAUGGGCGAAGGCGGGCACAUCCACGUCUACCUGGACUGCAACUCUCCAUGGUCCUACAUGGCCUAUACAAAACUGCGGCAAUCGCGCCCAGCCCUCCUGCAACAUGGCGUCACAAUCGAAAUGCACCCUAUCUUCCUUGGUGGAGUCAACGUUGGGAGUGGAAACAAGCCGCCGUGGACUUUACCUGCGAAAGCGAAGUUGGGGAAUUAUGAAUUGCCAAGAGGCAUGAAGUACUUCGGGACUGAGACGUUGAGUGCGCCGAGCUUCUUUCCGAUCAUGAGCCUUUUGCCGAUGAGGUGUAUGCUUUAUGCCAAGGAGAAUUAUCCGUAUGAGCAGUACGAGGAUGCCUUUGGGGACUUGUGGAGGUUCCUUUGGAUCGAACAUAAGGAUGUCAGUAAGCCAGAGGUGUUGGCAGAGUGUCUUGGGAAGCAUUUCAAGAAGGAGGAUGUGGAGAAGAUCGUCAAAAGUGGUACUGAUCCGAAGUAUAAAAAAAUGUUGGUUGAUGAGACUGCGAUGCUGGUUGAAAAGGGUGCUUAUGGAGCACCAUGGUUCCUCGUCAAGAAUAAACAGGGCGUUGAGGAGCCAUUCUUCGGAAGUGAUAGGUUCCAUUUCAUCUAUCAGUUCUUAGGGAUACCAUUCCAGGAUAUAAAGGUACUUCCGCCAAGCUCGGCGUCCAAGCUGUAG